UGUUACCACAGGAGGCACGUCACAGAGAGAGAGAGAGAGAGAGAGAGAGCGAGAGAGCACAGGAAACUGAAAACUUUCUCACUACCUGAGAAAAAGCCACUUCAAGGGCACUGGAGUCACAGACAGAGCGCACAGGCCUCAGAACAGAGGAAUUCCACUGCAUCACCGGAACAAACCAAAGUCACAGCUCGUCUUCGCCUGAGCGGAUCACAACGUAAGACGCAGAGAUGGCUGAGGCGCAUCAGGCGGUGGGCUUCCAGUUCACCGUGCGCCCUGAUGGUGUCGACCUCCGACUGAGUCAAGAGGUCAUCAAAAACAUCUACCUGUCAGGAGUGACGGCAUGGAAGAAGAGAGCCAUACAGUUCAAGAAUGGUGUGUUGGCGGGGGUCUAUCCAGCCAGUCCAUCCAGCUGGCUGAUAGUUGUGAUUGCAAUGAUGAGUUCCUUGUAUAUUCGCAUUGACCCCUCUCUGGGAAUGAUCGACGCCAUCAAGGAUAACCUACCGCGAAGAGACUGUAUGUCAGUGCAGACCCGGGCAGUGCUGAGUGCCAUCCUCUUUGCCACCGGACUGUGGCUGUUCCUCAUCUACCUUUUGAGAUACACUCUCAAAGCUCUGCUUUCCUACCAUGGCUGGAUUUUUGAGUCCCACGGAAAAAUGAGCACGUCAACCAAAGUGUGGCUGAGCCUGGUAAAGAUGUUCUCUGGACGCAGGCCGCUGCUCUACAGUUUCCAGGCCUCUUUACCCAGGCUCCCUGUGCCCAGCUUGGAUGACACAAUCCAAAGGUACCUCGACUCAGUUCGUCCUCUUCUGGACAGUGACCAGUACGACCAAAUGGAGAUUUUGGCCAACGACUUCAAAGAUUCCAAAGCAGCCCAGCUGCAGAGAUACUUAAUGCUUAAAUCCUGGUGGGCAACAAAUUAUGUGAGUGACUGGUGGGAGGAGUACAUCUACCUCAGGGGCAGAAGUCCCAUCAUGGUGAACAGUAACUUCUAUAUAAUGGACCUCCUGUACGUGACCCCGACACACCGACAGGCUGCACGCGCGGGGAAUGUGGUCCACGCCAUGCUGAAGUACAGACGUAAACUGGAACGUGGUGAACAUGCACCGCUGAGGGCUCUGGGGACCGUUCCCAUGUGUUCCUCUCAGAUGGAGAGGAUGUUUAACACCACACGCAUCCCUGGCAUUGAAACAGAUAUUGUGCAGCACCUGACUGACCGUAAGCACCUGGUUGUCUACCACAAGGGCCGGUUCUUCCAAGUGUGGCUGUACACUGGAGGGCGCCACCUCUUACCCAGUGAACUCGAGACACAGUUUCAGAGGAUCCUCAAUGACACGUCCGAGCCUCAGCCUGGAGAACUCAAAUUAGCUGCCCUGACUGCUGGAAACAGAGUUCCAUGGGCACGGGCUCGGAUCAAAUAUUUCGGCCAGGGGGUAAACAGAGUGUCCCUGGAUGCCAUCGAGUCAGCUGCCUUCUUCCUGACGCUGGAUGACGAGCCGCAGGGUUAUGACCCUGCAAAAACCGAUUCACUUGACAGUUACGCCAAGUCCCUGCUGCAUGGAAACUGUUACGACAGAUGGUUUGACAAAUCUUUCACCUUGAUCUCUUACCCAAAUGGAAAAAUGGGCAUAAAUGCUGAACAUUCUUGGGCUGAUGCUCCGAUUGUAGGACACAUGUGGGAGUAUGUCCUUGCAACAGACUGCUUCCAGCUUGGCUACACAGAGGAGGGGCACUGCAAAGGGGACGUGAACAAGGGCCUACCUCACCCCACUCGACUACAGUGGCAGAUUCAAAAGGAGUGUCAAGGUGUCAUUGAGACCUCAUACCGGUCAGCCAAGCAGAUUGCUGAUGACGUGGACUUUCAUGCUUAUCUGUUUUCUGACUUUGGAAAAGGCCUGAUCAAGAAGUGCAGGACCAGCCCUGAUGCUUUUAUUCAGCUGGCCCUGCAGCUGGCACAGUUCAGGGAUCAGGGAGUGUUUUGUCUGACGUACGAGUCCUCAAUGACUCGUAUGUUCCGAGACGGACGGACAGAGACGGUGCGCUCCUGCACCUCUGAGGCUGUCGCAUUUGUCAGAGCCAUGGAGGACACAAGUGCAACAAACACCCAGAGACUUGGCCUGUUUCGGAAAGCGGCAGAUACGCACCAGAACAUGUAUCGCCUGGCCAUGACUGGUUCAGGCAUUGACCGUCACCUCUUCUGUCUCUACAUUGUGUCCAAAUACCUUGGUGUCGACUCGCCAUUUCUUAAAAAGGUGCUUUCAGAGCCCUGGAAGUUGUCCACCAGCCAGACUCCACAGCAGCAGCUCAAUUUAGUUGACAUCACAAAGUUCCCAAAAUAUGUGGGUGCUGGUGGUGGAUUCGGGCCAGUGGCUGAUGACGGUUAUGGCGUGUCUUAUAUCAUCGUUGGGGAAAACCUCAUCACAUUCCAUAUCUCCUGCAAGUUUUCUAGCGCUGACACCGACUCAUGUCGGUUUAGUCAGAACAUUCAGAAGGCCAUGCUCGACAUCCAGGGACUUUUCAAGGCGGAAAAUGACAAGAAGAUGGUGGAGCUUGGAACGCAUGUGCAGCUGGAAAAUGGGAAAAAGCACAUCUAACGGGCAUUGUGCUAUGGAUUUGUCUGAUGUAUAACUUGUGAGCCAGUCUUUGACGUGCUUCAGUCAGUUAAACAAAACAAAGUUCUGGUGAUAGGUUGCACUUUGGAGUUUUUCGGUGGUUCAUAUGAAUGUGGCCAUUCCACUCUGUGAGACAAAAGCAGGAGUUGCUGCUCCUCUAAUUUAUUUACUAUUUAUAUCGUACUUUUCAGAGCGGUUUGGGGCUGAGGAAAAGAUGUAAACUUUGAUAAUGGGAAAUUUUGCUUUUGCAACCUUUUUUAAGUUUAUGCCAGACUGUACAUAAAUUGAAUGUAAUAAAAAUCUAAAUAUGA